AUGCGCGAAAGCGUCAUGGUGGAUGAGACCGAAAACGAAGAUCUCAAGGCCUCGAUGCGUACCAUCAUGGCGAUGCAACUGAGAACCAACUCCGACAUGGAAGAGCUGGGGGCGGAGGUUGAAGGGGCCAGACGUGAGCGGGAUGUGAUCAUGAAGAUCCUAAUCUCUCUUCCUCUCUUCCUUCCUCUUGGCGACUUCUCCCCUCUCCAUACUGCUGUUUUCGUAGCUUCCUUUCCCUCUUCUCUACCUCUCAAUCCUCAUUUUCCUUCCUCUAUCUCCCUUCCACGAGCCACAAGAGAAGAUCACCACCCCGGUGCUUGCUCUUUUUCCUCGAAUCUCUUGAAAUAG